AUGGAGCAAAUGACCGAUUUGAAGACGGAGAACCUGAAGAAGGGGGCAGCUCCAGUCAACAAUGACGACAUCAUUGAUCUCAUUCAGACCAACAUGUUCGCAGAGAUAGGAUGUGGGCCCCUGUGUCGCGUGAACCCACUUACAGACCGGGGCAAGCGGUUCCAACUGUUCAAGAUCCUCUGUCUCACCGUCAUCCCGAUCCUCGGGGUGUGGGGUUUCACUAUGUACUCGCUGUCCGACAGUGUCGAGAGCAAGACCGACAUUGAAGUGGCUAAGAACUCGAUGUCGAUCGUGGUGGUGCUGGGGCGGCUUAUCCACCGGCUGCAGAUGGAGCGUGACAUGAGCGUCCUCUACUUGAGUGACCUGGGUCCGGGAACCAAGACAUUCCUUCUCGCGGAGUACAUGGCCACGGACGACGCACUGGCGAAACUCACCAUCUGGCCUGGGGCGCUGCAGAGAAACCCCCGAGAGCAGUUCCGGUCGAAGGUGAACCUGAUGUCGUAUAUCGCCCAGCACCGUACCUCUCUCAACCCUAAGAAGGUUAACCUUUACGAGGAAAUUAACUUCUACAGCGAUAUCACCCGUGAGUUUCUGGAGUGGCUUGUGGAGAAUAUCAAGGGUACGGGGUUCGGCUCCACCUGGAAGACGCUGGUUGCCUACCAGAAGAUCACUCGGUGUAAGGAGGAUAUCGGGGUGGAGCGGGCGUAUGGUGCCAUGUUCUACACUAUCGGCAUGUUUCCCCGCUGGGUGGACUUUGAGUUCUACAACGACCAGGUGCAUGACUUCAAGUACAACUACAAGACGGCUGUCUUCUACUCGGACAUCGUGGUGCCCCUACUUAUGGAGGAAGUUAAGGGCAACGACCAGUCGACGGGUGCCAAUAUUACAGUAACGAUUAACGAAUACCGGUCUGAGAUUCAAUAUCACGACCUGAACGUCUCCUAUAAGAGCGAGGAGAAAACCAAGUGGUUCUUCGACAACAUGACCCAGUAUCUGGACUCCUUACUCACCAUCCAGGAGAAGGUGGCCAAGAGAAUCACAGAGGAAGUGGAUGAAGUCCUUAAACAGGUUGUAACAAAAGUGGUCAUCUACGCGUCAAUGGUAGUGGUUGUCAUAGCGAUGUGUCCCGUGAUCAUGUUCUCCUCCGAGGCACUGGCCAGCGACAUCCAACGCUACACACAGACUCUAGUCGAGAAAACUAAGGAACUCAAUCUCGAGAAACACAAAACCGACACUCUACUCUAUCAGAUGGUACCGAAGAGUAUUGCCGAGCGUCUCAAGUGUUGUUCUUCGGUAGAGUCGGAGUUUUAUCGUUCUGUCACGGUGUUCUUCUCGGGAAUUUCCGGAUUUAAUCAAGUAUGUUCAGAGUGUCCUCCAAUGGAACUGGUAAAGAUUUUGAACAGCUUCUACACAUCAGUGGACGAACAGAUUGGAAACUAUGAUGUCUACAAAGUAGAAACAAUCAACGACUGUUAUAUGGUCGCCUCAGGCCUGCCAAGCCGGAACGGUGAAAAGCACGUGGCGGAGAUAGCAUCAAUGGCGAUAGACGCCCUGCACAUGUCCCGGACCAAAAAGUUCACCGCCGACAACAGCACACCCAUACAACUUCAGAUUGGCAUAAACACCGGGUCAGUGUCGGCGGGGAUUGUGGGGACAGUGAUGUUGCGAUACUGCUUGUUCGGAGACACCGUCAACAUUGCGUCCAGGAUGAAGAGCUAUGGACUACCUAACCGCAUCCACAUUAGCGACAACACAUACGCUUGCCUGCUGAAGACUGGCAAGUUCAAGAUGAAGUUUCGCGCUAAUAUGGACAUAAAGGGCAAGGGUCGGAUGGACACGUACUGGCUGAUCGACCGCCUGUACGGGGGGACGGGCGGGCCCCACCAAGAAGACUACAGUAAGGACUCCCGCUUCCCUGAGGACCGGUACAUACAAGAAGAGCCAAACGAAAGGCCAAUGCCAGCGUUCAAAGUUUCAGGAACUGACUCAAAAAUGGCAGACGACGGUGACGUCAAACGUCCAGACGACAUCAAGAAUAAGCGCGCCUAUGAUCGACAGACGGAAAGUGAAGGGUAUAGCCGUAACAGCUCCCUUGAAGCUAGCGGUAGAAGCUCCGUUGACAACUAA